UAGGCUUUUUAGAACGGAGGAGAUCGAUGGCGGCCGCGGUGGAGGGCGUAAUUAGGGUUGAGGAGGUAGCCGGGAGAGGAAGGGCUCUGGUAGCCACUCAGCCGCUAAGGGCAGGGGAAAUCGUCCUUAGAGAAUCUCCCAUCCUUGUCUACUCUGCUCUUCCUCUAAUCAAACCCCAGCAGCACCAGAAUUCCUCGUAUUACUGCGAUUACUGCUUCAGAACAUUAUCGUCAGCCUCUUCGGUGUUUUCAUGUCCAUGCUGCUCCGCCCUCCAUUUCUGUAGCCAAAGAUGUCUCUCUGUGGCCCAAUCUUCGUCCCACUCUCCUUGGGUAUGUCAAGCUCUCUGCCGCCUCCGAGAUUCCCUUUCGCUGCAGCCACCGGAACGCCAGGUCCAAGCUCAAUUCCUCGUCGCCGCAUACAACAUUGCUCUUGUUUCUCCUGCUCACUUCCAGAUUCUUCUCUCUCUUCAAGGUCGUGUUUUCGAUUGUGAUGCUGGCGACGCUCAGUUCCUCCAUUCCCUCAUCUGCUCCGUCUGUCCUCCCACCCAACUUCCCGGAGUUUCAUUAGAACUCUCGGCGGCUCUACUUGCCAAAGACAAGCUCAAUGCGUUUUGUCUGAUGGAACCCCUUAUUCAGAAGAAUGGACAGAGAUCCGUUCGAGCAUACGCUAUAUACCCGACUGCCUCCUUCUUCAACCAUGAUUGCCUUCCAAAUGCUUGCAGAUUCGAUUACAUUGAUUCUGCCUCUGAUGCUAACAACACAGACAUGAUUAUCAGGAUGAUUCAUGAUGUUCCACAAGGCAGGGAGAUCUGUUUGAGUUAUUUUCCCGUUAAUAUGAACUACUCCAGCCGGCAAAAGAGGUUGUUGGAAGACUAUGGCUUCUCAUGUGACUGCGAUCGAUGCAAGGUCGAAGCUACCUGGUCUGACAAUGAGGACGAUGCUGGGGAAGACGGAGAGGAUGAGGAGGUCAUGGAAGAGGACCAGGAUGAAGAAAUGGAUGCAGAGGAAACCUCGGGAGCUGAACAUGAGAAUGGAGCCUCAGACUCGGACUUUCCUCACGCCUAUUUCUUUUUGAGAUACAUGUGCAAUGAAGAGAAUUGCGGCGGUACAUUGGCUCCUUUGCCUCCUUCCGGUUCUUCCACAUCCAAUGUUUUGGAGUGCAAUGUCUGUGGCAACCUCAAGAAGGAUGAAGUCAUCAACCAGUGACCUUUCUUCUGUACCCCGUUUUGUGGCUAUCUUCCGCUUCCUUUUCAAAUCCUCUAAAUGGUCAUCUUCCUCUUCCUUUUCCACCCCCCCCCCCCUGGUAUUUUAUACAAUUGAGAUCUUUCUUGAGAACACUCUUUACAUUUAGGAAAAUGUAAAAGCUGUCUUAAUUCCUGUUCUAUACCACAGGCUGGGUAGCAACUGCCGGUGCUUGUUGAGGCAGUGGAUAGCCGACAUGCUGUCCAGAUAGAUUUUGCCAGUGGUAGUUGAUCUAAUUUGUUUGUCAUAUUCUUCUACUCUGGAAUUUUCUUUCAUGAAUGCAUGCAGUAAUCUAGUUUCUGGUCAAAUUACAA